CGUGGAGUUACGCGGGCGACGCGAAGGUGCGCGGAAUGUCGGAAGAUCAAUGAUUCGUCCUACAUGCACUAGAGCAGCGCCGGAGGUCUCGGAGAGGAAGGAUAGCCUUCGCCCAACCCCUCGCGGUAUCAUACCCAUUCAAGAAUACUCGAGUCAAUAUAUUCGGUGGUGUGCGUGAAUCGGGCGCCCCGCGGACCGGACGACGAUACGUUUCCACAUAUUCUACGUCGUGUAUAUUUGUAAACACGGAUUAUAGACGGUAUCGGCCGAUUAGUCUUCUGGCGAAAAACUCGGCAACUACAGUGUCCUCGAGAUCGUCGUUCCGUUCACGUCGAUGACGAUAAUGUACGUUAGAUACGGUGUGUUUACGGUGAACGUGUUGGCCGUUUGCCAAUCGUGAAGGAGACCCUCCGUUUGAUUCAUCGCCGAACUACCCGAAGAACAUAGACUAUGUCGCUCGUCGCCAGCGUGAAGAAUCUCCAAGCCCUGAAAUGCAAGGGUGAAAAAUACCUGAGGCUCGAUUUUCGAGGUGCAUCUCAUUAUUCCCAAGGCCUCGAGGAUAACGGUGACCUCAUCUCAAUUGACCAGAGUUUCACGUGGAACCUUGGAAGACCUGUUGAAGAUGUCGAAACGCUGCAACUGGCCGUCGUAUCCAAAGGGAUGCUGCGAGGUGAAAAAAUCGUGGCCAGAUACGAUCUCGUUCUUCAGGCGGUCGUUAGAGAAGGAAGAAUUUUGGUCAGCGAUUGCCUCGUCGACCUCAACAACAGACCGAUUCCGACAGUCGUCACGUUCGAAGUCCGUUACACACCUCCGGACGGUAGUUGUAGUUCUUACGCCGGUACCGAGGUCAUGGAGGACGAACAACAAAUGCUCAUCGAUAUCGAGCAGAACAUAGCGAAUCUGGAACGUAGUCUCGAGCAAACGGGGACCGUUCGCCGUCGAGGUUCUUGGCACAGUCCGGAAAAAAUGAAAAAGAGAGUCGCGGGGCCCGUUCAACGUGGAAGUUCAAUGUCCGCGUCGGAAAGAUCACCGGAUCGUAAACGGAGUUCCACGCUGAAGAGCGUUCGUUCGUUGAUGAGACUGGGCAAGCAGCGUCCACCGCGAGAAAAAUCCACCGACAGUAAUUCGGAGACGCGUCAACUUCUCGAACAACGAGAUUCCAGUUGCGCUUCGUCGAGCGCGGUUUCCCGCACCAAUUCGUCAACGUCCCUCGAAUUGAACCAAUCCGACAACGACAGUCAGAUCAGCGUCCACGAGGAACGCGACUCGAUCGGCAAAACCCCCAAAAAAAUCAAACCGAAGAGCAGCGAGACGGGUCAGAGCGCUCUCAAAGCUCAGGACUAUCAAGUCUGUGUGACGGUGAUAGAGGCGAGACAACUCGCCGGACUUAAUAUGGAUCCCAUGGUCUGCGUUCAGGUUGGCGACCAGAGAAAAUAUACGAGCGUCAAAGAAUCUACAAACUGCCCCUACUACAACGAGUACUUUGUUUUCGACUUCCACAUGCCGCCGAUCAUGCUGUUCGACAAAAUUAUCACACUUUCCGUGCAGCAAUCGCGGAAUCUUCUACGCGCUAAUCUAACACUGGGCAGCUUUAAGUUAGACGUAGCCACCGUCUGGGCUCAGCCAGAUCAUCAAUUUUAUCACAAAUGGGCACUGCUCACCGACCCCGACGACGUCGCCGGUGGACCAAAGGGAUAUCUGAAAUGCGACAUCAGCGUCAUAGGGAAAGGUGAUUCGGUUAAAAUACCACCGAAAAGUGAAAAGGACGAGGACGACAUCGAGGGCAAUCUUCUACUGCCGGAUGGCGUACCGAUCGAAAGACAACGAGCUAAAUUCGUCGUAAAGAUUUACCGAGCCGACGGUCUUCCCAAAAUGAACAGCAGCAUAAUGGCCAACGUUAAAAAAGCUUUCACCGGGGAAGCGAAGGACCUCGUCGAUCCCUACGUCCAAGUUUCUUUCGCGGGACUUUGCGGUAAAACGAGUGUGAAACGCAACAGCUACGCGCCGGUGUGGAACGAACAGAUAGUCUUUACGGAAAUGUUUCCGCCGCUCUGUCAACGUAUGAAAAUACAACUUCGCGACAACGAUCCGGUACACGCUACCGUAAUCGGUACGCACUUUGUCGAUCUGAAACAAGUAAGCAACGACGGUGAGAAAGGAUUCUUACCGACGUUCGGACCCGCUUUCAUUCACAUGUACGGCAGCAUCAGGGAUUACAGUUUAAUAGACGAACAUUCCACCCUGAACACCGGGCUUGGCGAGGGCAUCUCUUACAGGGGAAGACUUCUGAUAGCCAUCAGAACGGAAAUAAGCGACAAUAUGGACAUGGCCCCUUCGGACGUCGAGGUCGAACCGACAACGCCGAUAACCGAAUCGUCUUACGCGCGUAACGAGGAGUUUUUCAUGUUCGCCACAAUUUUGGACGCGACGAUGAUCGACAAGAGGAUCGGGGACAAACCGAUGUAUUUCGAAAUAUCGAUCGGUAACGCCGGUAACGCUUUGGACGGGCAUAACGAAACUUCGAAGGUUUGUGAAAUCAAUGUUUCGGGCGGCGCGAGCGGAAGCGGUGACGAGGAGGAAUUUCAGGAGGUCGUCACCGGAUCCUGCCAAAGUACGACACCCCCGUGCAAACCGAUGACUCACGACAAAAUGUACUAUUUCUUACCAUACUGGGACGACAAACCCUGUCUACACGUUAGGAGUAUAUGGCCCGAUUAUCGGCGAAGAAUGUACAAUAGUAACAUAAUCGGAAAAAUUGUCGACAAACUGGAGGAAGGACUCGCGGAGGUUUUAACGCACGCCGAAGACACGAUUGGAGAAAAAUAUUUGAAAAGCGUACUCGACGAGUUGAGUAGUAACUGUAAUCGGUACGUAAGCAUCAGUAGAUCGUCGGUCACGGGUCCCGGUGUUGGUAAAACCAAAUUGGACAAAGAAAGAAUCAAACUUUGUCAAAGGGAAAUUGAGAGCGUGGGGAACAUGUCGAAAAAUUUGAAGGCGGUCGUCACCAAAAACUCCUUCAGAGAACGACUCAAGACUGCGCAGAGUUACUUACAGAAAUUGAAACUACUCGUCGAAGACCCGCAGGAUUCUCUACCGGAUGUAUUCAUAUGGGUAAUAAGUUCCGGCAGAAGAGUUGCGUAUCACAGAAUUCCCGGGAGGGAUUUGGUUUAUUCCAUUGUCGACGAAGAAUGCGGUCGUCAUUGUGGAAAAAUACAAACGAUGUUUUUGAAGUUACCAGGUAAGAAGAGAUUCGGCCCCUCGGGAUGGUCGAUCCAAACCAAAUUACAAAUUUACAUGUGGCUCGGGAUAUUGAAGCACAAGAAAUACUUCAUCCAGGGUCUGCCCAAGGGAUACGAAGUCAGUCACGAACUUAGAAACGUCGACCGCCCCAGAGCUCUGCCACCCUCCGUGAUACACUACGUCAAAAAACACAAAUUUCAGUUGAGGGCGCACAUGUAUCAGGCGAGAUCGUUGAUCGGUAGCGACGCCUCGGGGUUGUCCGAUCCUUUCGCCAAGGUUAUUUGCGGCGAAUUUUGUAGGUCAACGCAGGUCAUCGACGAAACCUUGAGCCCGACGUGGGACGAACUUUUAAUAUUCGACGACAUAUUGAUAUACGGAACUGCUGAGGAGAUAAAAAACGACCCACCUUCGAUCGUCAUAGAGCUCUUCGAUCAGGACAAAGUGGGCAAGUCGGAGUACAUCGGAAGAGCGAUCGCCCGACCCCAUGUGAAGUUGGCGUCGGAGUCGUACGCUCCACCCGAAUUUCCACCCUCGUUGGAAUGGUACGACGUCACCAGAGGAGCCGCUAGGGCUGGUGAGCUUCUGGCCGUUUUCGAGCUUCUCGAGCAUCCCCAAACCAGAGAUGCUUACGGAUUUCCGACUCUUCCCGAUCCGAAAUACUGCCCGGACUCUGGCCAGACUCCCCAGACAACCCCGACGUCCGGGGGUGCCGAUCGCGGACCUAUACUUCCGGUACCUAUCGGCAUAAGACCGACUCUUUCGAAAUACAGAAUCGAGGUACUCUUCUGGGGUCUGCGUGAUCUGAAACGGGUGCAUCUCCUCACGGUCGACAAGCCACGCGUCGACGUUGAGUGCGCUGGUCACAUUCUUUAUUCGUCGGUCGUACCGAACGCGAAAAAAAAUCCAAACUUUAACACCCUCAUAAAAUUCAUGGAACUCGAGCUGCCCGAACAGGAACUUUAUCGACCGCCGUUGACCAUUCGGGCUGUGGAUUGCCGAAGUUUUGGUAGAUAUACUCUCGUCGGAACACACACGAUAAACUCUAUUCAUAGAUACAUGUACGUACCGCAGUCGAAACGUAAUGCCGUAAAAGAUGUUGCGGAUGAUCGGAAGAGAAGUCUCCAUCAGUUGCAAUCUUUCGAACAAUCUAAAAUGAAACAUCAGCAGACCUCGUUACCCGAAUCAUUGACGGACAUCGAGUCGAAUCACGGCGAUUCCGUUAUCACCUUGGGAUUUGAAUUGGACGGUUGGGCGGCCGCGAAAAGAGACAAAACCGAGCAGAAUUUUCGACGAAAGCAGAGCUUGGUCAACGAUAUCAGUGCAGAGUUCAGCGGUCACGAGGACGAGGAAGGUAGCCAGGAUUGGUGGACGAAAUAUUUUGCCUCGGUGGAGGCGAUGAUCGAAGAAAACAAGGAGAUACGUAAGGAAAAAUCGCUGUUCCAGAAUCAGCAGAACGGCAAUUUGCCGAUAUACCUGGACGAGGAUUUCGGCCUACCGGGCAACACGACGGGUUCGACGAGUGGGAAUAAAAGUCCCGGCGUUCAUUCGGCCAAGAAACUUUUCAGCCUCCGAUCGCCAGGGACGGCGGCAAAAUUUGCUUCGAAAUUGAGUCCCAAACACGUCGCGCGAAAAACUUGUCACAAAACCGCGUUACUCAAAAUUUAUCCGAACGAGUUAGAGGGGCAGCCGGAAUACGAACAUUUCAAGGAGUGGCUUCACACCUUCGAGUUGUAUCGCGGUAAAAAAACCGGCGACGAGCCUGAAGACGAGUCGCGAAUAGUCGGCAGUUUCAAAGGAGCGUUAAAAGUAUACAAAUGGCCACUCACGAAGGAUGUGGCGGAUCACACGAUCAUGGGGUUCGAUCCUCAGUACGGUUUUUUCCAAGGUGUGCCAUCGAACGAACCGAUACACGUACUCGUCAGAGUCUACGUCGUCAAAGCGAACGAUUUGCACCCUUGUGAUCUGAACGGGAAGGCCGAUCCCUACGUAGUUCUUCAGCUUGGGGGGAAGAGGUUGAGCGACAAGGAUAGCUACAUAUCGAAGCAGUUGAAUCCGGUGUUCGGAAAAUGCUUUGAGAUCGAGGCUACUUUUCCGCAGGACUCACUUUUGACGGUACAAAUAGUGGACUGGGAUUUGGUUGGGGCUGACGACCUGAUCGGCGAGACUAAAAUCGAUUUGGAAAAUCGUUUCUACAGCAGACAUCGAGCGACUUGUGGCCUGGCUAAAAAAUACGACGAAUUUGGGUACAAUAAAUGGCGGGAUGCGAUGAAACCGACUCAAAUAUUAUCCAAGCUCUGUAAAGAUGGAAAAAUUGACGGUCCAACGUACACUCACGGUCGAGUAACGAUAGGUCGGAAAAAUUUCGUUCUGCCUACCGACGUUAUGGAAAAUUACGUCCACACGAAAGAAAUGGAGGAGCAUCUUGCCUUGGCAGUCUUGCAUCAAUGGCACUUAUUCCCUCGCAUUGGAUCGGCACUGGUACCCGAACACGUCGAGACACGGCCAUUGUACAAUCCCGAUAAGCCCGGCAUCGAACAAGGUAAAUUAGAAAUGUGGGUCGAUUUAUUUCCGAUGGAUAUGCCUCUCCCGGGUCCACCGAUUGAUAUCUCUCCAAGGAAACCAGAAAGCUACGAACUCAGGAUCAUCAUUUGGAACACGGAUGACGUAGUUUUGGAGGACGAUGCAUUUUUCACCGGUGAAAAGAUGAGCGAUAUUUACGUCAAAGGGUGGCUCAAGGGACCAGAAGAUUGCCAAUGUACGGAUAUCCACUACAGAUCGUUGACGGGAGAAGGUAAUUUUAAUUGGCGAUUUAUAUACCCCUUCGAUUACCUCGUGGCCGAGGAGAAAAUUGUUAUAAAUCGAAAGGAGAGUUUGUUCAGCUGGGAUGAGACGGAAUGUAAAAUACCUGCACGACUGGAGCUACAGGUAUGGGAUGCGGAUCAUUUUUCCGCCGACGAUUUUCUGGGCGCUAUCACCUUGGAUUUGAAUCGAUUUCCACGGGGAGCGAAAAACAGCAAGCUCUGCACUCUAGGGAUGUUGAAAACCGACGGAACGGUACCCACCGUAAACAUAUUCAAGCAAAAACGCAUAAAAGGCUGGUGGCCAUUUUAUGUUAAAAAAGAAAACGAAGACAUGGAAUUGACGGGAAAAGUCGAGGCUGAAAUUCAUCUGUUGACCAAAGACGAAGCUGAAAAAAAUCCAGCUGGUUACGGAAGAAACGAACCAGACCCUCUCGAUAAGCCAAACCGACCCGACGCCUCAUUCAUGUGGUUUUUAAACCCUCUCAAGUCGAUAAAAUACAUCGUAUGGCACAACUACAAAUGGGCGAUUCUCCGAGUCCUCGUACUUCUAGCCGUAGUUGUUUUGAUUCUUCUAUUUUUCUACGCCAUUCCCGGCUACUCGGUUAAAAAGAUGUUGGGCGCUUGAUUUGAUCAGUCGCAUCGCUUUGUAUUUUUACACGCACCGCAGGUCACACCAAUAACACCGGUCUCAGCAAUUCUGUUUGUUAUUGACGCAAUAUUUCUCAUGUACAAAACUGUUAGAGAGGAGUACGUAGAACAUACUCCAGAUUUCGCACAUAUCUUCGAGGGGACCGAUUUCACUUCAACAUAGCGACACAAUUCACACAAAUCACGAACGUACGUACGCAAUACUUUAUUAGCGAUAAAAUAUUUUUGUCUUUUUCAAUUGUUAUCUGUAAUAUGAUUCUCGUUAGCAGAGUGAUUUGAUCUUAUUAGCGAAUUAGAAUAAUGAUAAUCAAUUGCUCAUUAUGAUUUAUAGAGCAUGUGAUCCAUGAGAACAAAUCGUCGGUACAAAUGAAUGUCCGACGUUGUGGCGCAUACAGAUUUUUAUCCCAUGUUAUUCGCUCAAUCCGAUGCAAAUAAAUAGUUUAUUAAUAAAAAUGACAAUUAAAC